AGUUGCUGACUUUGAUACUUACUUGAGCAUAAUAGGCUUUGGGAAUUAAAUUUACCUCCGCUCAAAAGAAAGGUGUGUUUGACAUCCCAACGAGCAUCAACUGGGUCAGGUGCUGUUCUAUAGAAUAAGAGCUGGUUUCCUGGACUUCUCUAAUUACGGACAAGACAAAGAAAAACAACAUUCAACUAAUCCCAAUUUCGCUUUUAUGCUUGAUCUGAAUUGAGAGGAGUAACUUGAGUUUAACCUCUAAAUCCAACUCAGUUUUUAUUGACAUUUCAUUUAAUUGUAUCAAAAUUUGGGAUUCUCCUCUUUGUAAAAACUUUUUAAAGGACAUUAGCUUAGCCUUUUUGUACUCUCACUUGGUGUGAACGAAGGACAUGCAUCACAGUUUGUAGGCAAUGAAGUUUUAUCCUUGCCCAUUUCUUUAUGUUAUUAUUAUUGGUGAUUUCCAGCUGGAAACGAGUGUAACUUAUUGGAUUCCAUAUAAGCUGCAUAAAUGAUAAUUUUAUUGGGGUGUGGGUAGCAUAAUAGCAUUACUCUGAGCUGCACUUCUCUUUUGAAACUUUUGAAUUAUUGAACAAGGAAUGAUUUUAUAACGGCAGUGGUCGAUUACUUACUAUCUCUGGCAACUGCACCCUUUCAUUCUAUCCUACCCCCACCAAAGGAAAGCUCUCAUAGGCCAUAGCCACAAAAUUUUCAUUUAUGUAAUCAGGGUUUUCACUUGGUGGAUACAAUUCAUUUCUUUACAGGGUGCUCUCAAAUGACGCUUUCAGUUUGCAUGCGGAAAGAAAAUCUGCCGUGAACACGAUCAAUAAUGUAUACUACAACAUUUUGCUUUGACACUUUGGUAAGGAUCUCCUUCAUAUAUUGUGGGAAUGGCAGCUGAUCAGAGGCAAAAGCGACCAAGUGGUACCAUUACAGGAUGUAGUUCUUGGGAUCAGUAUAGAACGAGAAAGAAAAGACUAGAAUCAUCAAAUAAUGAUUUAAAUACAAAAUCUCACAUUUCUCUUGAAUGGGAUGGCAGCCAGGAAAGAGUUGUUGCCAAAAAGGAGCAAAUCUGUAUCAGUUGGAGAGAUAUAAGGCCUUUUGUAGACUCUAUUCCUCAAUGCCACAACAUUCUGGCUGAUGUUGUCACUAUUCCUCAAGAAAUUUUUGAUUUGGAGAAUUUGACUGAGGUACUUUCAUAUCAGGUUUGGCAGACUCAUUUAUCAGAGAAUGAGAGAAGAUUUCUUCAGCAGUUUCUUCCAAGUGAGCAAGAUGCCCAACAAGUUGGCCAAGCAUUGCUUGGCGGGGAUAAUUUUCACUUUGGGAACACAUUUCUUAAAUGGGGUGCUUCACUUUGUUUAGGUAAUCUUCAUCCUGAUGCAGUUCUUCUUCAGGAAAAGUGGCUGAAGGCUGAUAAGAAAGCAUACUACUUGGAAUUGAAGAGAUAUCAUCAUGAUAUGAUUGAAUAUUUGCAGAUGUUGAAGGGAAAAUGGGGAAGCUGCAAAGAUUCUGAAAAGGAAAUUCAACAAAAGACUUGGAGGUCAAGAAGGGAUGAUGGUGAGGGAAUUUUUUUUCCUGCCAAUGGAUCUAGAUUUUUUGACCUUGAAGAUGAUGUUGCGGCCACAUCCAAUUCUUCUUCCUCAAUAGGAGAGGAUAAAGCUUCUAGUAGUGAUAAUCAGAACUCUUCAAUAUUCAAGGGUAGAGAACUUCAGAAGAGGAAGCACAAGAAAGGCUUGAAGAAAGACAAAUGUAUAUAUCCAUUGAUUGCUUCAGAUCAUGCGGUAAAUGUGGGAAAUGGACCCAGAAAAGGAGGAACGAUUCACAAGCGUAACAUCCAGGAUAGUGAUGGUGCUGAAUAUAUGUCUUAUUUAAAGAUUAGCAAGAAGCAGUACGAACUUGUGAAGAGUAUGAAGGAGUCUGGUAAGACCAUGCAGUCCAAGACACUUAACUGUGUUUUAGGCAACCAUAAUAGCUGGCAUGUUCAACCAUUUGUAGUAUUUGAGGAAGAGGAACAGAGGAAAUGGCAGGAUCAUUGGUUGCAAUUGGCAAACAAAGAUAUUCCUGCGGCUUAUGCAAAUUGGAGGCAAAAACGGUUCCAGAUAGGAGAAAGUAUCGAGUUGUUGAAGCAAGACAUGAAGAAUGAACUAAAGUUGCAGAUGGAGAAUAAGAAGAAAGGUAACCGUGAGAUUGUGAUUCAGGACCAAAAUGAUGCCGGUGCAGACGAUGAACCAAAAAAUGAAGAAGAUUCUGGUUCUGGCUCAUUACAGAAUCAACCACAGCAGAUUUCUUCCCUUAAAGUUGGCCAUCACUUGAAUGCCACUACUACGGAUGCAGAAAACAAUCAUAUUAUAUCUAGACCCGGUGAUGCUUCUCAAUAUGCAUCCAGGUACGCGGAGAAUGCAAACGUUGCAAAUGUUCCUGUUAGACAAAAUGCUACCAUCUCUUCAUGUGGGGACGGCGUCUGGUCACAUUCUCACUAUAAUUCAACUGGAACCAAUGAGUACACAUCUGCCAGUGGGUUUUCGCAUCCACAUCAAGUUAAUGAAGGCCAACGAACUCGCGUGAUUGAUCUAGAAUCUGACGUGGGUGAUGAAGCCAACAGAAAAAUUUUGUUGCUCAGACAAUCAGAUGAUGGGUCCUUCAGUUCUUACCCAAACCAUGACCAGAAUGAAUUCCUUCAAUCUCUCUUUAAGGGCCAUGGGAUGUUAUCCUGCCAUCAUGAACAAAAACAAGCUAGCUUUGAUUUUCUGCCACCAAACAAUGUGUCGGUGGAAGAUGGCCAGUUCCAUGGGCAUUUCCAGGAUCAGGUUCAACCACUGCUGCCACUGGAGCAGGGGCAAAAGACGGAGAAUGAGGGCUACAUGCAGCGAAGAAUGUCUUCGGACAUUUACUCUGGUGGAAGCAGAUACUUAAUUCCAAGGCAAGAGCACGUGCCUCCAUUGGGUGUUCAGGAUUGGACUAUCAACUCUACCCACAUGCCAACAACUGCUCUUCAAUCUAACCUAAAUGGUGGUGAAUUGCUAAAUCAGAACUGGUUUCCCUCAGAGCAUCAAAUGCGUGGGAGCUGGAGUGGUUCAGAUGGUGUUAAUGUUCCAAGUCAGAACAUUGCAAGUGGAAGCAAUGCAGAUCAAAGCUUGUUCAGUGUCUUAUCCCAACGUAACCAACCAUGCAAUAGUAGCCCUUAUGAUACAGUGGGCUCCAAUGAACGGGUCAUUUUUCCCAGGAACUAUGGAAUUGUUGGUAGAGGUGCUCCCAGGAUGACCAAUGCUUUGUCCCAAGGAGUCGAUCCAAUCAACUACUUGGGAGAGCGUGGUGAAGCUACUCCCCUAAUGCCUGAUGGUAUGGGAUGGAUGAGCCUGCAACAGAAUUCUGCUCUACAUGAUCCAAUGGGCAAACAGUACUUGGGGUCAUGGAAUCAAUAGCCACAUUUUUUUGAGUUGGUGGCAAUCUGGCCUGGAUUAGGUGAUCGUUCACAGUGGUUGAUUAGAUAAAGGAGCAAUAGUGAAGCAUGACGCACUUGUUCAGAGUUUCUGAGUUGUUAUUCUCACAAGAGACUCUUAAGGUUAUCACAUAUCUACAGAAUCCUGAUUAUACAAUCCCCAAGAUAGUUUUGUGUAUAUAUCUUCUAGAUAGUAGGCGGGUCUGUGGGAUGAAAAUGGAAGGUGAGAAAGAUUCUGGUUUCUCCUAUUUGGGUUGGCAAGUUAUUUUAUUAAAUUUUUGUUUCCAUUGGGAUUCGUAUUAGUUGGCUGGCUGACUAAUGUGUUUCAAUAAUAUUUGAGGCUAUAGAUCAUUGAAAUGCCGCUCCCC